AUGUCAGAGAGAAGAAGCAAAAGAGGAAGACAGCAAGUGCCGGAGGAAACAGGUGAUGGUACAGAUGAGGAGAACGGUGUUGUGGAUCGAGAUGAAAUGGAGAAGCUGGCAGGAGAUCAAGUAGAUGAGAAGAUGGACGAACCCAUGCCUUGGAAAACCUUUGCCCGUAAAUCAGCACUUGAUGGCCAUGUAAAGGUUCACAAAGGGGAGAAAGUGUUUACGUGCCUGGAGUAUGGAAAGAGUGCCAGUCAUUCUGCAAGUCUAGCUAGACAUCACCACAGAGGCGAGAAGCCCUUCGAAUGCCAGGAGUGUGGGAAAACGUUUAGCCUGAGAGGAGGGCUCACUGCCCAUGAAAGAAUCCACUCAGGGGAGAAGCCGUUCAAAUGCCUGGAGUGUGGGAAGCGUUUCAGUCAACAGGGAAACCUCGUUACCCAUCUCGGGACCCACACCGGCGAGAAGCCCUUUGAAUGCCAGGAGUGUGGGAAAACGUUUCGACUGAGAGCACAACUUAUAACCCACGAAAGAACCCACUCGGGGGAGAAGCCCUUUACAUGCCUGGAGUGUGGAAAGAGUUUCAGCCGACGGGGAAGCUUUGCUAGACAUCACCAGACCCACAGAGGCGAGAAGCCCUUCGAAUGCCUGGAGUGUGGGAAAGCCUAUACGCUGAGGGAAAGUCUUGCCACCCAUGAAAGGAUUCACUCGGGGGAGAAACCGUUUACGUGCCUGGAGUGUGGGAAAAGCUUCAGCCAUUGCACAAGCUUCGCGAGGCAUCACCGGACCCACAGAGGCGAGAAACCCUUCGAAUGCUUGGAGUGUGGGAAAACUUUUAGACUGAGAGAAAGCCUUACUCCCCAUGAAAGGACUCACUCUGGGGAGAAGCCAUUUAAAUGUCUGGAGUGUGGGAAAAACUUCAGCCAUUGCACAAGCUUUACUAGACAAGACACCACACACACCGGCGAGAAGCCCUUUAAAUGCCGGGAGUGUGGAAAAGCCUUUGGACAGAGAGGACAUCUUGCAACCCACGAACGAAUCCACUCUGGGGAGAAGCCGUUCAAAUGCCCGGAGUGUGGGAAGGGUUUCAGUCAACGGGGAAACCUUGCUGCCCACCGGAGUACCCACACCGGCGAGAAGCCCUUUGAAUGCCGGGAGUGUGGAAAAGCCUUUGGACAGAGAGGACAUCUUGCAACCCACGAACGAAUCCACUCUGGGGAGAAGCCGUUCAAAUGCCCGGAGUGUGGGAAGGGUUUCAGUCAACGGGGAAACCUUGCUGCCCACCGGAGUACCCACACCGGCGAGAAGCCCUUUGAAUGCCUGGAGUGUGGGAAAACUUUUAGAGUGAGAGAGAGUCUUAUUACCCACGAAAGGGUUCACUCGGGUGAGAAGCCCUUUGAAUGUCAGGAGUGUGGGAAGAGUUUCAGUCAGAGUACAACCCUUGCUAGACACCACAGGACCCACACCGGCGAGAAACCCUUCGAAUGCCGGGAGUGUGGGAAAACCUUUAGACUGAAAGAAAACCUUACUAUCCAUGGAAGAAUUCACUCAGGGGAGAAGCCGUUUGAAUGCCUGGAGUGUGGGAAAAGCUUCAGUCAACGUGCAAACCUUGUUACACAUCAUAGGACCCACAGAGUCGAGAAGCCAUUCGACCCCCCAGAUUGUGGGGAAAACCUUUGACUAGAGAGCACCUCUGAACAAUCCAUGAAAGAAUUCACUUUGGGGGAAGAAGCCAUUUUAAUGUCUGGAGUGCGGAAAGGCCUUUCAAUCGAAAAUAUUCAUCGCUGCUCAUCAAAGAAUCCACAGAGGGGAGAAACUAUGCAAACGUACGGCACAUGGAAAGAGCAUUAAUCAAAUAUGAGACACUUGCUUGGAGGCGCUCUGUAGGCUUCAGAGGAAACUGUUUAAACGUUCGCAACGUGGGGAGAAAUUAAAGAGCUGCACGACCUUGACCUUGUGCCAAAGAAUUCACUUAUAGUGCCACUUUCUAGCGUUUUCCAAGUACGGAAUAACCAGAAGUGGUUUCCUUUCCCCUUCUUCUGAGGACUGUGCAGCUUGCCCAAGGCUUCACAGGCUGGCUCUACUCGGCAGCAGGCACAGGGGGUGGGGGUGGAAUCGAACUCCCAACCUUUGGCUCUGCAGCCAAAGGCCUAAAUCCCUUAGCUAAUCACCUCCUAUGAAAGGACUCACACAGGGGAGAUGCCCUGUACAUGUCUGGAGUGUGGAAAUGGCUUUGUUUUGGGCGGAGAUCUAAGGUCACCCACACAGUGGAGAAACUUUUCAAGUGUCUGGAGUGCGGAAGGCGCUUCAGUCAAAAGUCAGCACUUAUUCUCCAUCAAACAAUCCACACAAGAGAGAAAAGGCAGGUGUCUCAACUCAAGAUAUACCAGGGAAAUCAUUUUAUGGAGCUUAGAAUACACCAAAAUGUCCAUAUAGGAGAAGAAACCCUCUAAGUGCCAGGAGUGUGGAAAGAGCUGUUAAGGAGGGAAGGAGGGAGGCUUACGAGGCAUUGCAGAAUCCACACAGGGUGGAAGACUUUCUAAAUGUCUGGAGCCCAGGAAGCACUUCUGUCAAAGGUGCGAUCCUCUUUCCCAUCAAAAAAAGACACGGACAAGAAAAAUGCUUUAAAUGCAUGCAGUGUGGGGAAAAUCUUCCAUUCAGGUGAUAUACUUAGUAAAGUCACAGAAUCUACACCAAUUUUAAUAAAUCAUUUAUUUCACACCACAAGUUU